ACCGCCUCGCCGGUUUGGCGGGGUGAAAGGUUGCGAAGAUGGCGACGGCCUUGAGCGAGGAGGAGCUGGACAAUGAAGACUAUUACUCACUGCUGAACGUGCGCAGGGAGGCCUCUUCUGAAGAGCUGAAGGCUGCCUACCGGAGGCUGUGUAUGCUUUACCAUCCGGACAAGCACAGGGACCCAGAGCUCAAAUCACAAGCAGAACGGCUGUUUAACCUUGUGCACCAGGCUUAUGAAGUGCUUAGCGACCCCCAAACAAGAGCUAUCUAUGAUAUAUAUGGGAAGAGAGGCCUGGAGAUGGAAGGAUGGGAGGUGGUGGAAAGAAAGAGAACCCCAGCUGAGAUCAGAGAGGAGUUUGAGAGGCUCCAGAGAGAGCGCGAAGAGAGGAGACUGCAACAGCGAACGAACCCCAAGGGAACCAUCAGCGUUGGAGUAGAUGCGACUGACCUUUUUGAUCGUUAUGAUGAGGAAUAUGAAGAUGUGUCCGGAAGUGGCUUUCCGCAGAUUGAGAUUAAUAAAAUGCACAUAUCCCAGUCCAUUGAGGCGCCCUUGACAGCCACAGACACAGCCAUCCUCUCUGGAAGUCUCUCUACCCAGAAUGGCAACGGCGGCGGAUCCAUUAACUUUGCACUCCGACGUGUCACUUCUGCAAAGGGAUGGGGAGAGUUGGAGUUUGGAGCUGGAGACCUUCAAGGGCCUUUAUUCGGUCUCAAGCUGUUCCGUAAUCUCACACCAAGAUGCUUUGUGACGACAAACUGUGCUCUGCAGUUUUCAUCCCGUGGGAUCCGGCCUGGCCUGACCACUGUGCUAGCUCGGAACCUGGACAAGAACACUGUGGGCUACCUGCAGUGGCGCUGGGGCAUCCAGUCAGCCAUGAACACUAGCAUCGUCCGGGACACUAAGACCUGCCACUUCACCGUGGCCUUGCAGCUGGGCAUCCCUCACUCCUUCGCACUCAUCAGUUAUCAGCACAAGUUCCAGGACGACGACCAGACACGAGUGAAAGGAUCCCUCAAAGCAGGCUUCUUUGGGACGAUAGUGGAGUACGGAGCUGAGAGGAAGAUCUCCCGUCACAGCGUCUUGGGUGCAGCUGUGAGCAUUGGCGUCCCUCAGGGUGUGUCUCUCAAAGUCAAGCUGAACAGAGCCAGUCAGACCUACUUCUUCCCCAUCCACCUGACGGAUCAGCUGCUCCCCAGCGCUGUGUUCUACGCCACCGUGGGGCCGCUGGUCGUCUACUUGGCUGUGCACCGGCUGAUCAUCAGACCGUACCUCAGGGCUCAGAAAGAGAAGGAACUGGAAAAGCAGAGAGAGAACACAGCCAGCGACAUCCUGCAGAAGAAGCAAGAGGCUGAGGCCGCUGUUCGGCUGAUGCAGGAAUCUGUCCGGAGGAUAAUUGAAGCAGAGGAGUCACGAAUGGGGCUUAUCAUCGUGAAUGCUUGGUACGGGAAAUUUGUCAAUGACAAGAGCAGGAAGAAUGAGAAGGUGAAGGUGAUUGAUGUGACUGUGCCCCUGCAGUGCCUGGUGAAGGACUCCAAGCUCAUCCUCACAGAGGCCUCCAAGGCCGGGCUGCCGGGGUUCUAUGACCCGUGUGUUGGGGAGGAGAAGAGCCUGCGAGUGCUGUACCAGUUCCGCGGUGUGCUCCACCAGGUUCUGGUGCCCGACAGUGAGGCCCUGAGGAUACCAAAGCAGUCUCACAGGAUCGAUACAGACGGGUAAACCACUUGGGAACCUUGAGGAAAAAGAGGCUACGAAAACCUUUUCCUAAGAGGCUACAAAUUUGGAAGCAGGGAAAACCCAGACAUGAGAUGUUUUUAGUUUAUUUCUCCAGAAGGUGGCACUGUAUCAAUUAUGUGAAGGGACAUGCAGACAGCCUAGCUUCAUGGUGCAGUGGGUAGGCCUGAGGAGCCUCUGGCCAGACCCCAGCAAGGCCAUGUCUCUCCCAAGGAUCAUGUUCCUGGAGGUCACGCCCCUGGUCCUCAUAAGUGGCUGUGCACAGCACUCUGGAGGCAUUUGGAACAUUCUGCCUCACACAUGGGACUGCUCUUCCAGAAGCCCACGCUGCUUGUGGGAAACAUGCGAAGAAAGGAAGACAUGUCCUGUGCUGCUCAGUAGACUUCCCACAAGCCACCUCUCUUCUGAAACGUCACUGAAUGGACUGGAGAGGACUGCGGGUUUAUAAAACUGCUUUUUAUCUGAGAACAACGGGUUUGGAAACUAGUCUCUUUUCUUCCCACUUUUACAGAGCUUCUCAAAUCAUUCCUCCAGGCCCUGACUUGGACAGGUAGGGGGCAGACCCUGGGUCCCAAGGUGCACUGUCCAGGCACACUGCCCACAUUGCUAAGAGAAGAGGCCCUGCUGCCAGUGGACCCUUCACCCCACACGAGACACCUGUCCUGCCUUCAGGAUGCCCUCCUCUAGAGAGUGGUGUUGGAAAGAGGGGACCUUUGUAAGGAGUUGGGGCAGGCAUGAAUCUGCCAAAUACCGGAUAUGUAUCCAAGGCUGGUCCAGGGACCUGCACCUCCAGUGAGUGGUCAGCAGGUGGCGCUGUUGCCUGCCAGGCCUCACAGGGUCCCUUUAGGGAGUCUGCUCCCAGAUCCCUUCUGGUGCACACUUGCUGGAUGUCACUGCAAGCUCUACCCUCUGAGCAGGUGCUGCACCACAGUGGCGCGGACCCUGGCCCCGCAACGGCAACUGCUGAAAGCAGGCAUUGCCUCAGCCAUUCUCAAUACCCUUCAGUUUAAAAGCAGUUUGAUUCUGUAAUAUUUAUUCUUUUUUUUUUCCUUUUUGAGAAUGUUUCGUUGCCCCACAGACUGACUGCAGUGUGCACCAUUGCAUGAGCCCUGCCUCAGUGCCCUAUGGCUCCCUGGGCACUGCUGCCCCUCUGUCUGAAGCUGACUAUGGCAGCACUGCCCAACAAUAAAGCUGACCUAAAAGCUGAG